AAUAAAUAUACACUUAUUUAUCAGUCAUUGUUGUACAAUCAAGCAAGCAAGAUGAGGGUGUUAAUAAUCGUAGCAACGUUGUUAGCUACGACUUUCGCUUCAGAACUAAUAUCUUCGGAUGAAGUAGAAGAUUUGUUCAGGAGAUACGCGAGAAACGACCUAAGUCCCACAGAAAACGAUAAACUACAGGAUAUUAUUGAAUUACUUUAUAGGCCGGAACAUUUGACUACUGAAUCGCUUGAAAAUGCGCCCGAAAGCAGAGCGAGUUUGGAUUGCUUAAUAUGCCGAAGUGCGUUUGCUGUUGUGUUCGAAGAUGUCAAAAAUGGGAAAACGGAUGAAGAAAUCUCAGAUGUUGUUGUAAAUCUUUGCAGUUCUUUAAAUAUUGAAACAUACCACGUUUGCGCUGGAAUUGUACCGUUAAAUAUCCCCAUAAUAACCCAUAUAAUAAGAACAACGCCUGAAGCUACACCUAGAACGUUUUGUGGACUCGUUUUGCAAAAAGUUGGAGACCCGAACUUCUGCGCUGUAGAUGAUCCACGAUUCGAAUGGCAAGUGGAAUUACCCGAAAAAACAGAGCUUGAUAAUAUUCCCGCCGCUGACAUAGAACCAUACAGGGUAGCAAUUAUUGCCGACGCUCAUAUCGACCCGCUUUACGAAGCGUUUGGUGUUGCCAACUGCGAUGAACCAGUGUGCUGUCGAAAGGGACAAACUGCUGCCAAACACUUUGAGUACAGAACAAACAUAGAUGAGUCAGUAAUCAAAGAAACUAUUGUGAAUGAUAACGGAAAAGUUAUGCUGGAUCUGAGUAUGGCGCCUAUGAUACGUGAGCUGAAGAAGUCUACGCAAACAAGAUACUUAACUAACAGGAAUGAUGCUCCGGCCGGUUAUUGGGGCGACUACAGGAAAUGCGAUACACCGAUUUGGGCAGUUGAUAACGUUAUUGAUGAGAUUACAGAAUCACAUAAGAACAUCGAUGUAGUCUAUUACAUUGGAGACACAAUCGACCACGGCGUAUGGGAGACCACAUACGACUUAAUCAAGGACAUGAACCGUCGUUUACUACAGAAAAUAAGGACAAGUUUCGGAGAGGACGUGUUAGUUCUACCGGUAAUUGGAAACCAUGAAUCUCAACCAACCAACCAAUUUGCACCAGCAUCCGUAAAAGGCGAUUUAAUAAAUACAACUUGGCUGUAUGACGAACUAGCUGAAAAAUGGGGUUCGUAUUUGAACGAAGACGCAAAAGUGACUCUACGCGAACGCGGAGAAUUCUCAAUGCUUAUCCGACCAGGACUAAGAGUUAUCACUUUGAACAACAAUGUUGCUUACAAGUCUAAUUGGUGGCUAGUAUACGAUCCAUUGGACGCCAAAACACAUUUGGACUGGUUGAUAUCAGAGCUACACAAAGCGGAGUUAGCCGGUGAGAAGGUUCACAUCUUGGCUCACAUCCCGCCUGGCGUGCACGACCUCACUAAAACAUGGACACGAGAGUACAACAGGAUUGUGAAUAGGUUCUCAUCAACAAUUGCGGCUGAAUUCAACGGCCACACGCAUUCGGAUGAGUUCAAAAUAUUCUACAGUCCUGACGAUACGCCAAUAAACGUAGCAUGGGGCAGUGGCAGCGUUACAAGUUACACAAACUACAAUCUUAACUACAAAAUUAUCGACUUCAAUGGAGCUACAUACGCACCCGAAAGCAUCAUCAAUUACGUAUACAAUUUAACAGAAGCCAACCUCACUCCACACCGUCCACCACAUUGGUUCCAACUCUACGACAUGAAAAACACGUUCGGACUAACCGAUCUAUCCGCAAAGUCCAUGGAUAAUCUAGUCCAUAAAAUGGUGACCACAAAUAAGGAAUUAUUGGAUAUGUACUCUGCAUUCUUUUCGAAAGUGAGCGACACUCGUUGGCCGUAUUGUAACGAUUGGUGCAAAAUCGAUAACCUUUGUAAAACAGUAGUAACCGUAUUGUGGGAGCGACAAAAAUGUGACGAAUUACGCAACAUAUUUUUCUCCUCUAAGUAAAAUUUUAUUAUAAUAAAAACGUGAUUAUAACAUAGAAAUGAUAAAAUAUAUAAUUAUCAACAC